GCAGAGGAGAGGAGGAGGGGAGUGAGUGAAAGAGAGGGAGAAAGAGAGAGGAGGAAAAGAAGAGCGAGUACAGAUUCAGUGUGAGAGCUGGAGCCAGCGCGGGAGCUGAGCAGCGAGACCCUCCUCCACCAUGGCUACUGCAUAGGAAUCUGUCAUCACAGCAUCAGGGUGUAUGAGGUGUAAGAAGUAGGAGGCGACAGUGAAGGCAGAUCAAACAUGGCGGUCGAGGAGAAGGCUGGCGUGAAGAGCAGUACCUCCAUUCUGCCCUGCUUCUUGUUUGUGGAGCUGGUGAUCAUGGCAGGCACGGUUCUCCUUGCGUACUACUUUGAGUACACGGACACCUUCCCCGUGCACAUGCAGGGCUUCUUCUGCUUCGAUAAGGCAUUCUCCAAGCCCUACCCGGGGCCGGAUGAGAGCAGCAAAGUGCCACCCGUCCUCGUCUACUCUCUGGUAACUGCCAUCCCUACCGUGAUGAUUCUGGCUGGAGAGCUGAUGGCAUUCUUCAUGAGGUCAGAGGGCACUCAAGAGAAGACCAUUGUCACUGCAGACUGCUGCUACUUCAACCCUUUGCUGAGACGUAUCAUACGUUUCUUAGGUGUCUACUCCUUUGGCCUCUUCACCACCACCAUCUUCGCCAAUGCCGGGCAAGUGGUCACAGGAAAUCAAACACCUCACUUCCUGUCGGCAUGCCGGCCAAACUACACGGCACUGGGCUGCCAGUCAAGUCUUCAGUACAUCACGGAACGGCGAGCCUGCACAGGGAACCCCCUCAUCGUGGCAUCUGCUCGCAAAUCCUUCCCCUCCAAGGAUGCAGCAUUGAGCGUCUACUCAGCAGUAUACACAGUGAUGUAUGUGACGCUGGUGUUCAGGACGAAGGGCACGCGUCUGACAAAGCCAACCGUCAGCCUGACCCUGCUGUGCCUGGCUGUUCUGGUGGGGGUGGUGAGGGUGGCUGAGUACCGCAACCACUGGUCAGACGUCCUGGCUGGAUACUUCACUGGAGGAGCCAUCGCCGUGUUUCUGGUAACUUGCGUAAUCAACAACUUCCAGCAGGCCAAACCCCCUCCGCCACCUGCAAGACCCCAGCGUCCUGAGUCAGUGCUGGGCAUGCCUAUGGUGGCGCUGCCCUGUGUGGAGAGUCCACUCGAAAAGUUAAGUGGCACUCAGACUCCACGGGGAUCUCCAUUCACUGAGAUCACAUGACCAUCAGCCCUAUCGGUUCCCCGCCACCCCCGAUGUCCUCAUACCGUCUCGCUCCAUUUCCAGCGAAGUCUAGAUGGGCCGCCUGAGCGUGCUGGCCAGUGCGCCUCCCACACCGCUGGACGCAGCGCCACCCUCUACCGCUCCUACUCCACGCAGGUCUAGACCCGCUUCCUCAUCAAUCCCCACCCCUCUGUGACUCCCCACCCACCCCACCACAAUCCCCUCGGGGCUCCCGUUCUCUGCUCAUGCAAACAAGGUGCGACAGGACAUGCCACCGGCGUGCUGUGCUUCGGGAACGCGCGGCCAGAGAGCCCGGACAGAGGGGGAUCUCUAAAGCCAUUAGGGGUUUGUUUGAGCAGUGUGCAGAAGCCUUUACAUCAUCGUAAACACCUCUGGCCCGAUCUGCAACUACCCAAACCAGUUCCCAAGGGAACCGAUAGAGCCCUGUACAACACAUCACCUGAGUGCAGGACUCCUGAGAAAAACAACUAGUAGCACACUAUCUCCUGAGCUUAUUUUGUUUCUUUAGAGCGUCUUUGAAGAGACGCAUUCAAUAUGUGUGUACUUAUCCAUAUGCUUAUUAGAUAUAAUGUGGUUUUUCUUUGGAUUUUAACAAGUGUGCCAGCAAAUCUGGACACAAAUGGACUAGAGGUUUGGAGGGUGCUUCUCAGUGCUCAGAGCAUCCAGAGAAACUGAAUUAUCCUCAGCUGAACAGUGCUGUUGUUGAUGUACCUCCACGUUUGAGAAUGGAGUAAAGAGAAAACGCCUGUAUGAUUGUGCCGAGUACUCGCUGCUGGCUGUCGACUCAUCGCCCAUGUCCUUUUCGCACAUCAAAAGCAGGCAGCUUAAGGGCACAUGCUUACAGAGAACAUCAGCCUACGAGCAAAUGUUCCAUCUGUUCCAGUGAAUGAGUAACAUGGGCUCAGCUUCUCUCCAAGGACUUGUCCAUUACCCCCCCAGGCCUUGGUGGAUUUGGCUCAUUAGCAUCAAUGACAGCAUUCUGACGCAGUGGCACCCACCUCAACACACACACACACACACACACACACACACACACACACACACACACACACACACACACACACACACACACACACAUCAGCAUGCUGUCAGACUGAACACCCAUUUACAUGCUACAGAGAUCAAAAGCAAAUAUUGCUUUGCUUCUCAGGAGAAUACAUCAAACUCAAGACCAUCAAGGGAUUUUUACAUGUCAUCUCAUUUUAACUUCUCAUUUGCUACAACUACAAACACCAUGAGCUGUCUGUCAUGUGUUAUAAUUGAAAUAUGUUGUUUAGGGGAAAGAUUUUCAUGUCUAUUACUGCUGACCCUUUGGCUGGUAUGACUUACCAUGGUCCUAUACUCAUAGUUUGUACUAAAUGAUUGUUCUGGAUUGUCAGUAACACCAGCUUUCCUUCUCCAGGAGGAUGUUUAUGCUGGCUUUUUUCACUUAUUCAUUGGAUUCAAGAUUUUAUAUGAUUUGUGUGGGAAAAAAAAGUAUUCUGCAAAGCGCAUUGUCUAUCAUAAGAGAUUUGGUACUUUUAAUUUGCACAUUUAUUUGCACAGUUCUUACUUCCUCCAGCUGCUUUACAUUUCCAACACCUUCUGAUGACUUCUGUCCUUGGCUGUACUCAUGUUCUUCACUGCACUGUGUAAGGGCUCCCAGUCUUCUGGAGCAGCACCCUCACACCACAAGUACAUUUGCUCAUAUAUAGACAUGCAUAAAUAUAUGCAGACACAAACACCCACACGCAUACACACCCACAUGCACGUGUGCACCUGCCACAAACACAUUCUUACAUAAAGACUUCCCACUUUCUUAUAUAAAACAUGUUUGUACAUGUUGUUUUGUAAAUACAUGUUUUUUGGUUAAAAAAGAAAGAAAAAGAAGAAAAAUGUAACAAUGCAUAUUACACUGACACCUGUGUGCACCCACCAUUGUUAUGUUACCAUAGUGACUGCUGCUUAUUUUAACCAUGGAAGUAAUGAUUGCAUCUCUGCUUUGGGAAACAAAAAUGGAAGGGACCAUUUAGAGCAUUUGGUUCAGGAACAUUUUCCAAUGUAUUAGUAUAUUCACAUGGUAGCAUCUGACCCACAAGCCUGUGAUCAAUACAAUUCUCACAGUCAGAUACAUUUAUCAUUAGAUCUUGGGUCAUCUGUCCUUGCAGAGAUAUAACUGUUGUGUAGUUUUAAAGUGGGCAUAACUGACACUGAAUGGUUGUAUCUGCUAAUGGGAUUUGCUAUAAAAUCAAUGAAAAUGAAAACAACUUUUCAUUUAUAAAAUGAUAUCAACCAGACUGCACAAGCACUAACCCUCCACUCUACAGAUACUCUGAGCUGUGAAGUAUUUCUCUUUGGACAGUUUUGGUAGAAAGAGCAUUCAUUUUUGUGGGCAAGUUAAGACUGUUUUGUACUUUUUUCCUGGACCUUCUUCUCAUGGGAAGCUCUAAACAUUGGAGACCAGGUGUGGUAGAAAGGAUGUGGGUGUUAAGGUGUUCUGAAGUUGUUUUUCUUUCAUGUUGUUGCGAUUUGUGUGUUGUUUUGUAAAGAUCUGUCUGAUAUGUCUGAGUAAAAAACAAUAAACUGGCAUUGCAGUACA